AUGCUCUGCUCUCCUGCUCUAACUCACUGCAUGGCUGCCCUGCUCUGUUCUCUUGCUCUGUUCCACUUUUCUGUUCCCCUGCUCUGUUUCCCUGCUCUGUUUCCCUUCUCAGUUCUCUUGCUCUCUUCUCCUGCUCUAUGCUGGACCAACCUAACCAAGGCAUGCCUGGCUGGCCGGAGGGUGCUUACUAAGACCCACAAGAAGAUGGUCAUUGGAGACAUCACCGACUCGGUGUUCCGGAGCUACGUCUUGACGCUGGGUGAACCCGCCAUGAGUGCGAUGGUUCUGCGCCUCAAACAGGCGGGCAUCAACACGCAAGUCUUGCAGGUGCAUUCCCCUCUCCUGCUUGCUUUCCACCCCAUCCACCCCUGGUUCCCCCUCUCCUGCUUGCUUUCCACCCCAUCCGCCCCUGGUUCCCCCUCUCCUGCUUGCUUUCCACCCCAUCCACCCCUGGUUCCCCCUCUCCUGCUUGCUUUCCACCCCAUCCGCCCCUGGUUCCCCCUCUCCUGCUUGCUUUCCACCCCAUCCGCCCCUGGUUCCCCCUCUCCUGCUUGCUUUCCACCCCAUCCACCCCUGGUUCCCCCUCUCCUGCUUGCUUUCCACCCCAUCCACCCCUGGUUCCCCCUCUCCUGCUUGCUUUCCACCCCAUCCACCCCUGGUUCCCCCUCUCCUGCUUGCUUUCCACCCCAUCCGCCCCUGGUUCCCCCUCUCCAGACUGCUGUCCAUGCAAACCCUGGCCAAUACCCCAUUUCCCUUAUGCUCUCCACCCCCUCUUUCGCUGCUUUCCCUUUUUGUUGA